UUCGGUCGUGUGUGUCCGCCCACCGGGCAUGCGCCUGCGCGAGGACCAUGGCAGCCGGCAGCGCCUGAUAGUGGGAGGCAGUAGCCCCCCCUUUCCCUUCCGCGGGCGGGAAAGUUAGAUAGCCAUCGAAACACCAUGAAAGAUACUGAUAUCAAGGGACUUCUGUACACUCAUCUUUUAUGCGUAUUUUCAGUUAUCCUAAGCGUCUCCAUUCUGUCAUUCUUCUUGGAGAGCUUCUCAAUAUUGGAAACACAUUUGGUGUGGUUGUGCAUCUGCUCUGUUUUUGUAACCACUGUCAAUCUCCUGUUGUGUUUAGUAGUGAAACCAAAUGUAUCCUCUAGAAGAAGUUCAUUUUCAUAUAAGGUAACCAGAUUUUUGAAAUGCUGUAUCUACUUUUUUAUGUCUUCUGUCUCCCUUCAUGUGAUUUUUGUUCUAUAUGGAGCACCACUGAUAGAGUUGGCAUUGGAAACUUUUUUAUUUGCAGUUAUUUUGUCUACUUUCACUACUAUACCUUGUUUAUGUUUGUUAGGACCAAACCUCAAAGCAUGGCUGAGAGUUUUCAGUAGAAAUGGAGUUACAUCGAUUUGGGAGAACAGUUUCCAGAUCACAACCAUUUCUAGUUUUGUAGGAGCAUGGCUUGGAGCACUUCCUAUUCCACUGGAUUGGGAAAGACAGUGGCAGGUAUGGCCCAUCUCCUGUACACUGGGAGUGACCUUUGGCUACAUGGCUGGCCUUGUUAUUUCACCACUCUGGAUAUACUGGAAUAGAAAGCAACUUACAUACAAGAACAAUUAAGAGGAGCAAAAGGAGAAGAUAUUCUUUGUGCAGAUUCCAUAAGGGCUGUGCAGAAAUGUAUAUGGUCAAAGCCAAGCAGUUCCAUUUACAGCACUGUUUUUUUUAAUGUAGUUUAAACCUGAUGUGAUUGUAGCUUUUUAAAUUAUGAAGCCCCUGAGAGAUUGUACCUUCUAUCGAAAUAAAGUAUUUAU